AUGCCGGAGAUUGGAAGUCUUAGGGCUCUUGCCAACGGUGAGAGUCAGUUUGUCGGUAGCUCUUCCGGUGUCUACUUCAUCAAUACUGUGAAGCGAGCUUUUUCAUCCAACGCAAAGGUUACAGCAGAAAGCACCCAAUGUACCGAAACCUCAGAUGCAAGGCUUCAUAAUGAGCCAUCACCAGAAGACUGCAUAGUUGGCGUGGAGGAGCGAAGGGAAGGCGCCAACACGACAAUAGUAAACGACUACGAUUCACACACGCCUUCAACCAAACCGCCCUCGCAGAUCACUACUAUCUCGGAUUUCUGGGAUGACAUGCGCGACCUACCCGACUAUUCAACAGCCAGGAAACUAGUCCUGACAUAUUUUAAGAUAUGGCAUCCACUAGUCCCAUUCUUGCAAGGGCCAGAGUGCCUUGCGGAGUUGAAAACCCUCUACACCUCUGAGGACCAGGACAAACACGACGCUGCCUUCAUCAGUCGCCUAGUCACCUUCAGAUGUAUCUUCAACAUUUCUCUGCUUGACUGUGAUGAUGCUCUGAAUAUAGGCUCUGUAAAGAUUCGAGCUAGCUCAGAUCUCCUGCCUACUCUUAGCCUUCUGGCCCUCCGAAGUGACGCCCGGUCCAUCCAGGCAUUGCUUUGUGCUCAAGUCUACUUCGUUGCAGUCAUGUCAUUGAGGCAUGCAUCAUCUAUCGGCGGCCUCAUAUCUAAAUCGAUCUUUCAGUCCGGUAUGCAUCGUUGUCCUGUUCGGUACGAACACUUGUCUGAAGACGAAAGGUCAAUGCGAAAGCGUAUAUUCUGGAGUUCCUAUGUUCUCGACCGCUUUGUUAGCCAGUCAUUGGGACACCCAAGUGGAAUUCAGGACUCUGAUAUCGAUGUAUGCCCUCCUGGAAAUCGAGAAUUUCAUGAAACUGUUCCAAAACUAGCGACUUCUCCUUCGGGAUCUGCAGCAGAAAAUACAAUACUACACCUUCCAGCCAAUCAUCGCGGACGGCGGGCAGCGUCUGCAGAGCAAGAGGACAACAGCAGAGGGUCUUCCAUAGAAGCAGAGGAAGAUGUCGAGUCUCAAGCGACGAUACAUCCUCGUGAAGAGUCAAGUUGCGAUACAUUCACCACAUCCGCUGCAAUUCUGAGACAUCGCCGAGAAACACAAGCCAUCCUCGAAAGCCACGUCCGCCAUUCACGACUAGUUGGAAGGAUUCUUGACGUUUUUCACAAAUCUAUCCAUGCUCGUGACAUGAACAAUCAAACGAUCCUUUACCUCAAGGCUGACAUAUCCUCCUGGGGCAAUAACCUCGCGAAUCCGCAGCUGAAUUUGAGUCCUUCAGAUAUUGCGGAGCUCACCCCAAACCCCAAAAUGUUUCCCUUCAUCACCUAUCACUACACGCUACUCCUCUUCAACAGACCAUCUCUGUCUUUAGACUCAAGAUGCGCUGAAUUUCAAGCAGCGCUUCAGGCGUGCAUUAGUACUGCAAACAAAAUCAUCACAACAGUCGAACAUUAUUCACAGUCAGGUGGGCCGUUGUUCUGGCCUGGCUACAUGUCUGCCGUUUGGAUGAGUGGUCUUGUCUUGGCACUUGCUGCUCGGCUCAAAGCGUACAAAGUCCACAAAGCUCAGGCGUGGUAUUCAAGCAGCCCUAAACUUGCUUGUAGUUAUGGAGAAACGAUGGCACAUGGCACGUGA